ACACGCAACAAAUGAGUCCAUUCUCGUUUAGAGGAUCGUUCGGAAAUGAUACACAGAUUCUAUUAGCCUGUUAUCACUCUUUCUUCCUGCUGAAUUGUCUGAUUACACGUUCCCAGUGUCAUUAGUGGUUUUGUGCAACUUUUGACACAGUCGGUGCUGGCUAAAAUGAACAGUUUCAAGUUUCCUUCUCUGGCCCUCCUGCUGGUGUUGGCCCUUCCCCACACCCUUUGUGUAUACCUUCGAAUGAGCAACUUUGACCUAAUGAAAUGCUCCUACGGUGAGCGAGGCUCUUUAACCGCCACCUGCGUAAACGCCACCUCCAGCUACUUCAAGAACACCCCUUACCGAUUCGACCACCUGGACGAAACCCUCCGCUGUGUAAACUGCUCUCUCCACACUCUCGAAACCGGAAGUUUCGAUAUUUCCGGCAACCAAAUCAAAAACCUCGACCUAACCAACAGCCUCAUCGAGACCGUCCGCCAGAAAGCCUUCGUUGGUUUGAUUUUCCUCCAACGUUUGAUCCUCGCCAACAACGCUAUUAAGUCCAUCUAUCCCGGAACGUUCACCGGAGUCAAGAAAAUCACCUACGUUGACUUGGAAAAUAACUCAAUCAGUAUUUUAUCCGAUGACGGUUUCCUCGAACUGAUCAACUUGGAGGAGCUGAAUUUGCGACACAACGAGAUUAAAAGCAUCGCCACGUCGGCUUUCAACGGCUUGGUGCACUUGCAGGAGCUGGAUCUGAGCUACAAUGCCAUCGGUGAUAUCAACGGGGUGUUCAAUAAUUUGACGAGUCUGCGGCUGUUGGAUCUGAGCUAUAAUAAAAUUUCCGUGCUGACGGGGAAAGAGUUUGAUAAUUUGACGUCGCUGUUGGAGAUUCGGUUCAAGUUUAAUCACAUAACGACAAUUCCGGCGUCAGAAUUCUACUCGAUGAGUCGAUUAAGACGUUUGGAUUUAUCGUUUAAUGCCAUUAGUGGCGUAAGGGCUGGGUCUUUCAAAGGACUGCACGCUUUGGAAAUCCUAGAUCUGGGCAACAACGCCGUCGCGGAAGUGCCCCAGAAGACGCUGCAAAGUUUGCACAAUCUCCAAUACUUGAACUUCUCCAACAACAGGUUAUCUAUAUUCCAGACGGGGCUUUACUCGGGCCUGCCCCAGCUAAGAGUAUUGAAUUUCUCGCACAACGUUAUCGAGGAUAUUGAGAUCACCGGAGUGUUCUCACUGGACAGUCUGGACACGCUGGACUUCUCCUUCAACAAUAUAUCAAACGUUGAUUACGUCCGGCUGAUAUCUAGACUCCCAAAAAUCUCCUAUUUGAAUCUGGAAGAUAACUUAUUGCCCUGCGGGCUGGAGAAAGAAAUGGAGGACUACUUUGCCGAGGAUAAUUUCAAGUUUAUUUUGUACAGAAAUGAGGCGAAUGCCGUCAAGUGUGUGCAAACGGACGCGCUACCAAAGAACAAACACACUUUCCACAAAGACAGUUUGAUUAGGGCUGAGAUGGGCGGAAGCAGUGCAAAUGCCUGGAUUUUUGUACUGAUUGGAAUCACGCUCGUCUUAGUUUGUGUUCUUUAUUAUCUACAACUUCGUACUUACCAAGAAAUGAGGUCUAUGUCGGUUAAGCGGACUACGUCCGAAGUCCAAUUGAUUUCUUCCGAUCUGGAGUCUAGAGAUAACGAUUAUUUGAAAGAGUAACGUUUGUGUACAUAAAUUCUAGGUUUACUGUGAGAUUUUAUGAUAAAAGCCACCACUGUACGAGUGUUUUAUACAAAAAUAAUAAAUGUAAAUGUAUUGUUAACAAAGUUUAUUGUACAAAUAAAAAAGUAUAAAAAAACUAAACUUAA